GGGACAAGUUGGUGUCAGGAGCUACACUGGAGAAAAACUGGAACAAGCCUCUGGUUAAAUGGAAGCCACUCCUGGGACCUGGAUGGUUUGUUCUGACGUAGACUUUGCAUAGCAGCUCCAUCACGCCAGCAAGCUGCAAUGAGUGGAGGAGGGGAGCAGCCAGACAUCCUCAGUGUGGGAAUCUUGGUCAAAGAAAGAUGGAAGGUGUUGAGAAAAAUAGGAGGUGGAGGAUUUGGAGAAAUUUACGAUGCACUGGACUUGCUUACCCGGGAAAAUGUUGCGUUGAAGGUCGAGUCAGCCCAGCAGCCAAAGCAGGUUCUGAAAAUGGAAGUAGCUGUGUUGAAGAAAUUGCAAGGAAAAGAUCAUGUCUGUAGAUUCAUUGGAUGUGGAAGGAAUGACAGAUUUAACUAUGUGGUCAUGCAGCUGCAGGGUCGGAACUUGGCAGAUCUGCGUCGGAGCCAGUCUCGAGGAACGUUCACCAUCAGUACCACUCUGCGGCUUGGGAGGCAGAUUUUGGAAUCUAUUGAAAGCAUUCAUUCAGUGGGAUUCCUACACAGAGACAUAAAACCAUCCAACUUUGCCAUGGGACGUUUUCCUAGCACCUGCAGGAAGUGUUAUAUGCUGGAUUUUGGCUUGGCUCGGCAAUUUACCAACUCAUGUGGGGAUGUCAGACCACCACGAGCUGUUGCUGGUUUUCGAGGAACGGUACGGUAUGCAUCAAUCAAUGCUCAUAGAAACAGAGAAAUGGGACGGCAUGAUGACCUCUGGUCCCUGUUUUACAUGUUGGUGGAGUUUGUGGUUGGACAACUGCCUUGGAGAAAAAUAAAAGAUAAGGAGCAAGUGGGCUCCAUUAAGGAAAGGUAUGAGCACAGGCUUAUGUUGAAACACCUCCCUCAAGACUUCAACAUCUUUCUGGAUCACAUUUCUAAUUUAGAUUACUUUACCAAACCUGAUUACCAGCUUCUCAUGUCUGUGUUUGACAACAGCAUGAAAACAUUUGGGGUUAUUGAAAGUGACCCUUUCGACUGGGAGAAGAGUGGAACUGAUGGCUCUCUGACUACAACAACAACUUCAACUACACCUCAGUUACACACUCGUCUUACUCCAGCUGCAAUUGGAAUUGCCAAUGCUACCCCUAUCCCAGGAGAUUUGCUGCGGGAAAACACAGAUGAAGUGUUUCCCGAUGAACAACUCAGUGAUGGAGAGAAUGGUAUUCCAGUUGGUGUCUCACCAGAGAAAGUACCUGGGUCCCCUGGGCAUCAGCGUCCUCAGGAAAAGGAUGUCUGGGAAGAAAUGGAUGCGAACAGGAACAAAAUAAAACUGGGGAUCUGUAAGGCUGCUACAGAGGAGGAAAACAGCCAUGGACCAGUGAAUGGAAUGCUUAAUGCACCGAGUCUCGGUUCUCCCAUUCGCGUCCGCUCAGAGACCACCCAGCUAGAUAGAGAUGUCCCACUGGUGCGAAAGUUGCGUUCAAUUCACAGCUUUGAACUGGAGAAGCGUCUGACAUUGGAAUCAAAGCCAGAUACAGAUAAAUUUCUUGAGACCUGUUUGGAGAAGAUGCAGAAAGACUUGAAUGCUGCAGCGGAGACUGCUGUUGCUGCUGUUCCUCCUCUUUCUCAGAAAAUACUCGUUCCUGCUCCAGUGACUGCCCGCACGGACCAUGUUUGGCACUAUGAUGAAGAAUACCUUCCAGAUGCUUCAAAGCCUGUGUCAGCUAGUUCUCCAGAACAGGUUGAUGGUGGUGUUAGCAAUGGAUUUGUAGCUGUCAACUUAAGCUCCUGCAGGCAGGAGGUUGAUUCUAAGGAAUGGGUGAUAAUAGAUAAGGAACGAGACUUGCAGGAUUUCAGGACAAAUGAGGCUUUAGGGCACAAAAUGACCGGAAGUCCCUCAGAUGAAGAGCCUGAGGUACUACAAGUUUUGGAGGAGUCCCCUCCAGAAGAGCAGCCCAGGCAGGGUGAUGAGGCAGGAAACGGCGUCCAUACGAAGAACCAAACCUCAGGCGUGGAGUUAGAUUUAGCCAUGGAGUGUCACCCGGCCGCUUCCGAUCAGCUUACUGAUAAGUUGGAACUUCUGGCCGCAGCUGCGGGACAGCUUCUUGCAGCCACCCCUACAAGUCCUAUGGAAGCUCAAGCAGAAGGAGCGCUCACUCCGCUCAACUCAUCUCAUAUGCUGCAUUUCUCCACUCCAAGAAUUUCAAGUCCCAUCCUCCGCACCAUGAGCCCUAUAGCCUAUCUAUCCAUCCACUCGGACCCUCUGAAAGAGACUGGUUUACCAAGGAGUCAGUCAGCUGAGAGCCACUCCUCCUCCUCCCGCUCAACUGGUCGUAGGCAACUUCCUGUCAUUCCCUGUGGCAACAGGUUUCCCCCUGUCAUUCGCAUCUCAAAAGCACAACUGCAGCAGAUUACAAUACCCAGACCUUCAGUGGCAUCCACGCAGUCUGCUUCUGAGAGCUUUCACUAUGGCCACCAGCUAGAGAAAAGAGAUCGGGAUGCUCAGUCUGUGGAACACACUGUGGAACUUUCCUCUCCAAAGGAAAAUUUGCCAGGUUUGGUUGUGACAGAAGAUGCACUUCCAACUAGUGCUAGCAGACCAGACUUGGUACUUCAUAUCAGCCAAGAGGUGCUUGAAAGGGACGGACAUGUCAAAGAAUGUGUCAAGCUCCUGGACUGUGGCCAAAAGGACCUACCUGAACCACAUAGCAGGACACAGGAAGAGAAAGAACUUGAAAAUCUUCCUGUAGAAUCUGAGGAAGAAAGGCUUCCAGUGGUUUCUGAGGGUGCCAAUGAAAUGCUAAGCAAAGAACAAAAUUCUUCUUUGCCAGGAAACUCAAAAUCUGUGGAGGAAGGAGCUCUAGCUAAUACUGAAGCUGCUGAAGAAUCAAAGCCAAGGCCCCUCUGCUUGGUGCCAAAUCAAGAUGAGCUUCUGAAGUCAAUAGCACCUGAAACCCUAGAAGUUUCUCCCUCAAGACUUAUCAACUCAUAUGCUAAGAGACAGGCAAGCAAAAAGGCACCAGUUCAGGAGAACGGUUUUCAUGCUAAUAAGGAAGAAGUCCAUAUCCAAGACUUUCAAUGCCACCAGGUGACCCUUACUACUUUUUUGCACCAGGAGGACAAAAAAGAGAAAAAUGCUCCCAGAAAUGGAGAGUUAUUCCACUGCAUUUCAGGGAAUGAGAAUUCUCAUCGAUCUAAAAAGGACUUAGUUAAAUCUCCUUUUGUGUUCAGGCAGAGCCGAAUCCCAGUUUUAGCACAAGAGAUUGACUCAACAUCAGAGUCCUCUUCUCCUGUUUCAGCAAAGGAAAAGCUUCUUCUAAAAAAGGCCCACCAGACAGACUUGGUUAGACUGCUUGUGGAAAAGAGACAGCUCAAAUCUUUCCUUGGUGACCUCUCAAGUGCCUCUGACAAGUCACUGGAGGAAAAAAUGGCUGCUGCUCCAGUACCAUUUUCUGAGGAUGAUGUCUUAUCCUCGUUUUCUAGGUUAACUCUGGACUCUCGUUUCAGCAAGCAGACAGAAGAUAGUUCUUUAUCUCCAAGCAGCCCUCAGUCCAGAAAGAGCAAGAUUCCAAGGCCAGUAUCCUGGGCUACUGCUGAUCAAGUCACCAGUUCAAGUUCAGCUCAGUUCUUUCCUCGGCCCCCACCAGGAAAACCGCCCACGAGGCCGGGGGUAGAAGCUAGGUUACGCAGAUACAGAGUCCUAGGGAGUAGCAGCUCGGACUCGGAUCUUAUCUCGCGUCUGGCUCAAAUCCUACAGAACGGAUCUCAAAGACCGAGGAGUUCUACUCAGUGUAAGAGUCCAGGAUCCCCACAUAGUCCAAAAACGCCACCCAAAAGCCCUGUCAUUCCCCGACGCAGUCCCAGUGCCUCCCCUAGGAGCUCUUCCUUACCCCGUACUGCCAGUUCUUCUCCGUCCCGGCCUGGGAGGCCCCAUCAUGAUCAGAGGAGUUCGUCCCCGCAUCUUGGGAGGAGUAAGUCACCCCCUAGCCAUUCAGGCUCCUCAUCUUCUAGGAGAUCCUGCCAACAAGAGCAUUGCUGCAGCAAACCAAGCAAGAACGGUCUGAAAGGGUCUGGCAGUUCCUUCCACCAUUCCCCAAACACUAAAACUCCCCCAGGAAAGAGCAAAUCAGCCAGUAAGCUUAGCAGAUAGGAACUGGGCCUUGACAGUUGUAAAGCCUCCUCCUAAAUCCAAUGCAUGUUGUGUCUGUGUACUGUGUAUUUAAAAAAAAAAAAAGUUUAAAAAAAAAAAAAGUGUUAAAUCUGCACUUUCGAAAGAAAGUAAACAUCAUAAACUAUUCAUGACAACGCAUACUGUGUAAAUGAGUGGCCAGGCAUUGCCGAAGAACAGGCAGCAAGCAGAUCAGGAGAGGUGAGGUAGAGGCGAGGGAAAGAACGGCUAGUUAGUUGAAGAGGUGCAAUGUAUUUAAAGUUAAAGUAUUUCUAAGGUGAGUGUUUUAAAAGGGUAUUUAUUUCUAUGUUUUUAGUUUGCCUAGCUAGCGGCUUUGGCCUAAUUAUUUAAGGCCUGUCUCAAGGAGUUUGUAAGAAAACCUGAAACCAUUAUUCCCAAAAUGACACCACCUUUGGGGAGAUAAGUUUCGCUCAGGCAAGUAUUUGUAGUUUUAAAUAAGCACAUGACUUGGAAGGUGAUGGUAUUUCUACCGUAAGAGUCUCUUCCAUUUUGAGCUGCACACAUCUCUCUGAGUCGCUCAGUGCUUGUCUGGCCCCAUAUCUGCCAUGGCACAGAUUUCCUUACAUAAAGAAGUAUCAUAUACCUUGUCCCUUCUUGAGACUGAUGACUUUUUAAAAUGAGUAUUAACACGUCAAGGUGUUUUUAUAGUGAUACUCUGUAGAACAUUUCUUUAGUAUUAAUUAGGAUCCAAGAAGCUAAUUCUUAGUUCCAGCUCUCGUAUUUCUUUGGGAGUCAUAGUGAGGUUUUUCAACCAGUAUGCCUGCACUCCACAGGAUGUUGCAGAUCUAAAAUAAAUUGCAAUUUAUUAGAACAGAAGUUAGAAACAGGAAAGAGAAGUAUCUGUUUUCCCCUCACCCAAUUGCAAAAAGAUCCCUUGUUACUACUGGCUAUGGUUAUUCCAUUAGUUAUGGACCACUUAAGCCAUUGACCUUACUCAUAAUGUCAAUAUCUUGCUAUUAAAUCCAAGCUAACAAGCUAAAGAGAGCAAAGACAAUUACCAACCUAGUUUUGCUUUGCAUUCGUUUAUAUACACAUGAAAGAUGAAGCAUGCCUGUAUUCUCAGAGAUAUGGUGGAUGUCGAAAUUGUGAAUUCGGUAGGUUGUGAGUAACAAAAAUAUAUUCAAACUCGUAACAGAAUCUGGGUAAGAAUAUUAGUGAUUAGAGUAAAAUAUCCAGAAAGCAAGUCUGAAAUAUUUUUUGCUGUUGGAUGCUUGUCAUUCUUCUGCCCAAAUGAUUCUUUGAUAGCCGAGCUGCAUUGUCUCUCGGUAAAGUACAUGGUGUCUAAUUUUUCCAACUUUUUUUAGUAGUUGCUUAAUAAACUCUUGUGCUGUACAGGAUCUCUGUAGGGAACCCUUUAGCUAUAGCACCCUUUGCUACAUUCAGAAGAGAACAGUGGGUCAGAAUAGUAACACACAAGAACGCAAGCCUUAAGAUACAGCCAGCUCUCCCUAAUUGUACCUGUACUGGGGAGGCUGCUUGUGUAGGAGCCCUGUCAGUUACUGAUCUGCUUGCUGUAGUCAUAUGCCUCUCCAGCCAGCAUCUGCGCUUUUUUAAUUUAACCUCUGCCAAAUGAAUACCUUUGAAUUGAAAAGGGAAUAUUUUGUCUCUGAGCAAACACAUUUUAAUGCUGCAUUAAAGCUGCCCUCGAGCUGCACUGAAUUUCACUUGCUCUGUCAGACUAUGUUGAUUUUUUUUUCUUACUAUUAAUAUGUACAGUGCUCCCCAUAUGUAAUGUAGCACAGUGUGGAACCUUAAUUUCAUUCAGGUUUCGAGCACUACAGAGGAAUGCAAUAGGUAGGGUGUACCUGCUUUUUCUGAAGAAAAUGUACCAUUGGAAAGUCCUAUUCCUUUGUAUUAUAUUGUAUAAUAGGUGCUAUACUGAUAAUUGCAUGUCCUCAUGGUAAAUGAUAUAAUAUAAAUAUUUAUAAAUAUAUAUAUACAUAUGCUUAUAUAAACUCACUCUUUCUCAUUUUUCAUUUGUAACUUAGGGACCAUAAAUGACACCAUUCCCUUUCUGUUAGUUCCUAAAUACUCUUGGCAUUGCAUCUCCUGUUUCUUUUUUUUUUUUUUUUUCUUUUAAACCUGGAACGCACAAAGUCCAAUAGCCUGCUACAAGGCUUGGUCCAAGAUGGAAGGACUGCUGAUUUCCUGAUUUCUCAUCAAGCCAGUGUUUUAUCUCGCAGCUUUCUUUCUUUCUUUAAAAUUUUGUGUAUUUGCAUAUGAGCAAGAACAGAGACUCAAAGGUAUUUUUAUUUUUGAUUACAAAUAGGAUUUAUGAUUAUUCAUUUUUAUUUCAUAAAGUGAAUUUUAAUUGUUAUGAAUGCUCGUGAUAUGGGAACAAUGACAGUCAAUGAAUUGCCUAAUAGACGAAUGUAACAACAACAAAUUCCAUCCUUUCCUUCCUGUCUUCCUCAUAUGUUUCCUUAUAGUAUACAGAAAAGGAGAAUUGAAACUCAUUGUGAUAUUUCUGCCCUGGGUACUGCUGAAAUUAUUUGCUGAUUCUGUUUCUUCCCUUCUCCCUCAUUUCUGAGGAGCAUUUGUUAUGGUCCUAUGAGCGCAUUCCUACAUUAACAUGGUCAGCUUUAGUGGGUACCAACUUUAUGCAUCUUCCCCUGAAAUGCUGAAACUGAGGUGUUUAUAUUUUCUCCCCAGGACCAGGAUCCAAAAACAGGUAAUUUUGCUACUGUAAGAAUAAUUUGCUUUACAGCUGAGAAAGAAUACAACAUCUAAGCAUUUUUUCAUAAUCUCACCAAAAAUGCUGACUUGUGCAUUGUUGCAUAUAACUACAUAAAAUAUAUCAGUGUUGUAGAAAUUCACUUGUACUUGAACUACUUGCCAAUGUAAAGUAUUAGACUAUGCCCAAAUGGAGAGAGAUACGAAUCAUGAUUGAUAACCAACCUUUUCUCAGUGCAAUGAAAAGUGAAAGGACAGUAUAUCCUCUGUUGCUUUUUGCUCUGGAUUUGGGUGAUGGAUAUAGAUUCAACACGAUCUAGUGAGAAAAUCACGAAGAUAUGAAUAGAGGAGUGGUUGUGAAUAAUUUGUCUUGAACUACUCCUUUCCCUAAAGCUUUUUGUAGCUUGUUACUCCCCUUAAAGUUUAAAAAUUGCUUACUAUAGACUAGUAUAGCAAUCAGUUAAUGCAGUUAGAUAAUGGUCAGCUGAUAUCAUGCAUAUCAUUAUCACCUUAAUAAUAUUCCUGGGGGGCUGUAUGAUCAUCAAGAUCUCUUAAGUUUCAGCAUUUUGAAUAUACAACUUAUUAUGCAUUUAAAAACACCAGUAUACACGGGCAUGGCCCGUGUGCCAAGUGUGCAUGCAUGGUUUAUGGAGGACAUCUACAGCAAAAUUUCACAGUCA